CAAAGUAGGGAACAAGCACCAACCACCUAAACUCUUGAUGGAGGUGAUUCGUCCUUGACUUGUUUGUGCCCUGCUAAACUUACCUCUCAACCCAACAUUGGUUACGGCCAUCAUUAACACUGCCGCCGAAGAGUCAAGGGGAGAGAGAGAGAGAGAGAGAGAGGGACAGACAGAGAAAGACAGACACAGACAGGAGAAGAAAAUGGCCUCACUCCGGGGCAAGCGCUGCCUCAUCACCGGUGGUAGCCGGGGCAUCGGGCUAGCCAUAGCGAAGGUAUUCUCUAACCACGGCGCCUCCUGUGUUUUGAUCGGCCGACACCACGAGACUCUCACGACGGCCAUACAUUCUCUAAACCAUGCAUGCCUAUCGUAUCCACACGAAGCCCAUGCAUUCAACGUGUCUAACCUAAGCGGUUGGCAAUCUUUUAUGCAUAAAAUGAAGACGGGGCCUCUUGACAUACUAGUCAACGCUGCUGGUAUCUCGCAGAACUCUUUUCUCUUUAAGACGCGGUUUCAAGAGAUGAACCAGCUUCUUGACACCAACCUCAAAGGAACUAUUCUCGGCUGCCAAAGCGUAAUCCCGAGAAUGAUGAAGCAAAAAAGUGGAAACAUUAUAAAUGUAUCCAGCCUCCUAGCAACAAAUGGAGGACGGGGUGCCUCUGUCUAUGCUGCAUCAAAAGCUGGAAUCAUUGGCCUAACCCGAGCACUUGCCUGGGAAGUCGGAAGAUUUAACAUCCGAGCAAAUGUCAUCCAGCCUGGCUACAUUGAAACUGACAUGACUAAAGAUAUGGAAGAGGGCGGGCAUCUUUCUGCUCUCAUCCCCAUGGGCCGACUAGGGCUCGCAGAAGAAGUGGCAGAUGCUGCACUCUUCCUGGCGAAUAAUACAUACGCACAUAAUUGCGUCCUCAAUAUCGAUGGAGGCUUGAGUGCGACAUAAUCAAGAACGACCGUGUCAGCUGCGAUGGUGAUGCACACGCGCUCAUAGGAUGAGAUGCACAUGGUUAGCUAAUCAUCCUCGAUGGUGAUAGCACCUAUACCCGCCUCACUGUCUUCUAUUAGGGCCACGUCAUCUGUCGCGGCCAUUUUAGCCUUCUUUUUCGCUAGAGGGGCAUCAGCAUCAUCUGCUCUUGGGCGCUUAAGAUCACUUGAAGGCUCUGUCGAUUCAAGCCCAUGCUUGCGAGAAGGUAGUUCUACGCCGUUAGUCUCAACUGCGGGCUCCUUUCUAGGCUUGCGUGGAAUUUCUGGGGCCUUAUCUGGCUCGAGUCCCUUGAUCGGUUUCGCUGUGCUCUCAAUUGAACUAGGAGGAGUUAGUAAGGCUUGCAGGGAUGGAGGCUAAAGAGCAGCGUACGAUGAUUGUAU